GGCCCAAUCACGGCUCAUUCACGGCCCAAUCGCGGUCUAAUUACGGCCUAAUCCCGGCUCGUACCCUGUUGUGGAUCCCCCCUCUCCUUGGCUCUUGGACGAGGCACGCCAGCCAAAGAGAUGAUGGGGUUGGGCCCCAUGUUAGGGCAGGUGCUGCUGGUGGGGUUGAUCAUCGUCGUUCAGCUCGUGCUGCCCGGGUCGAGCCAAGCACGCGUACCCGGGCUACGCGUGGACUUGGAUGGUCAUUUGCACAUUGGGGAUGGCGGCGAUGCCGCAGCCGGGCAAAAGGUCUUCUUGACUGGUGUUGAUGUGUUGGCCGAGUUGGACACGCUGCGCGCAGCCGUGGCCGAACAGGCCGCCACCGUCGAUUCAAACACGGCCCAGCUCAUUGGCCUGCAGCGCGCCUGGGUCAACCGCAUUAGCUUAGGCCUCAACAUCACCACCGCCGCCUCCCCCCAGACCCAAUGGGGCCGUGCCCUGGCCGUUCACAACAACCUCCUGUUUGUCGGCGCUCCCCAAGCUACUGGCCAAGACAACUCCGUGGGCAUGGUCUAUGUUUUGCAACACUUUGCGGAGACGGAUCAAUACUCCUCCUUCUUAAAAGUCUUUCCAAACCUCGACCACCAACAUGACGCUGAUGAUGAUGAUGCUGACGACGAUGACGUCUAUUUUACAGACUGGCAGUUUGGGUGCGCCCUGGCCGUCAAUGACACCACCCUCUUUGUCGGGGCCUUCAAGGAACCCUCGGUCGCCCUCAACGCCGGCGCCGUCUUGAUCUAUUCCUGGUCCACGACCAACAAGGCCUAUGAGUAUGCAAACCGCCUGCUUUUUCCAGGUAGCCAGACGGGCGAUUGGUUUGGUCGGGCCCUCGCGCUUCAGGACAACGAACUCUUUGUCGGCGCGAGCGGCGACGACUCCGACGGUGUCAACGAUGCCGGCGCCGUUUAUCUGUACCAGCGUUCAUCCGCCGACAACCUCAUCCUCAUUGACACCAUCUUCGCCCCCGAUAAGACGGCUGGCGCCAACUUUGGCACCGCCGUGGGCAUUAGCGGCGCCGAUCUGGCCGUCGGCGCCCCCAACGCCACCCACGACCGCUUUGUCAUGGGCGCGGUGUACAUCAUGACCCGCACCACGACUGACGGCUCCUACACCAUGCGCACCAAGCUCCUCCCCAACAUGCUGCCCGGUGCUAGUGUUGGCAUGCAAUUUGGUCAAAGCCUGGCCUUUAGUGGCGACCUCCUUGCCGUCGGUGCUCCUCUCACCGACGUCCGCGGGCCCAACUCGGGUUCCAUCUACCUCUUUUAUCGAGAUACCGCCCAGGUCUUUCAGCUCGAGCGCGUCAUUCACGGCCUCGCCGGCGCUGGCUAUGGCUUGGCCCUGGACCCCGGCUUGGCGCUCUUUGUGACUCAGCGCGAUCUGGCCGUUGUCCGCCGCAUGGCAUAAUCCGCCUUUCAUGUUAACUGCGUGCGCAUUGUGCCGGGCAAUUCCGCCUCUGUUCCAUGCCCUCUGCAUUCCAGCCCAUCGUAACAUUGUAUUCUGCCGUUUACCCUUCCCUCGACCCUCAGCCCUCGACCCAUCGUGAGUUCGUCGUUGGCUCUUGCACACCACACGUCUUGAGUUUGACAAAGGCGCUUUCCAUUAUGAAUUGACAUGUGACUUG